AUGCCUCAUUCCACGUCUCCUGCAUCCACUCCUCCUGUUCCCACACCAACGAGUGAGGACGAGCUCGAGCAAAUGGAACAGGACUCUCCGGCCAAGAAUGAGACCACCACCGAGAUCACGAUGGCUGAGGUGAAUGCCCUGUGCCUAGAGGAGGAGCCAAAGAAGGAGGUUAAGCUAGACGACCUGUUCGCAGAUGUCGACUCGGACGACGACGAAUUCCCAAAGUCGUCUGAAACACCGGAUGAUGGCGCCCCGAUCAAAGACAGCGCAAGUGACCCCGAGGUCAUGCGCAGCUUCUACCAACGUCUCUUCCCAUGGCGACAUCUGUUUCAAUGGCUGAACCAUAGCCCCACACCAACCAACGACUUUGGCCACCGAGAAUUUGCCUUCACGUUACAGAACGAUGCCUACUUGCGAUAUCAGUCCUUCCAGACGGCAGAUCUCAUCCGCAAAGACGUCUUGCGCCUCCUGCCCUCUCGUUUCGAAAUCGGCCCCGUCUACACCACCAACCCACGCGACCGGAAACAGCUCAAGAACCUGUCCGCCUUCCGGCCCCUGGCCAAAGAGCUCUGCUUCGAUAUCGAUCUAACAGAUUACGACGACAUCCGGACAUGCUGCGACAAGGCAAACAUCUGCAUCAAGUGUUGGCAAUUCAUCACUAUGGCCAUCCAAGUGGUAGACAAGGCGUUGCGUGAUGAUUUCGGCUUCAAGCACAUUAUGUGGGUUUACUCGGGUCGACGUGGUGCCCACGCCUGGGUCUGCGAUAAGAAGGCGCGGACUAUGGAGGACCAGAAGAGGAGGGCCGUGGCAGGAUAUUUGGAGGUUCUCAAAGGUGGUGCACAAAGUGGGAAGAAAGUAAACGUCAGGAGACCAUUGCACCCACAUUUGACACGGAGCCUGGACAUUCUGGCCCCGCACUUUGCAGAGGAUGUUCUUGAGAAGCAAGACCCCUGGGACACCGACGAUCGGGCAGAAAAGCUUCUGCAACUGUUGCCGGACAAAACCCUCAAUGACUCCCUGCGGAAGAAGUGGGCUUCUGCGCCAGGGCGGUCUUCGACGUCUAAGUGGGCCGACAUUGAUGCCAUCACCAAGGCUGGCGGUGCAGGCAAGAACCUCGACACAAAAGAUCUCCUGGCGGCGAAACAGGACAUCGUGCUGGAAUACACGUAUCCCAGACUCGAUAUCGAGGUCAGCAAGAAGCUAAACCAUUUGCUCAAAUCUCCAUUCGUUGUACACCCCGGCACUGGAAGGGUUUGUGUGCCCAUUGAUACGCGACCGGGCAAGCUGGAGGAGUUUGACCCUACAGCUGUACCGACAGUGCAAAAUCUCCUGGGAGAAAUCGACGCGUGGACGGAGGAAGAGGGCACGGGAGACGCCAAGACCAGCAUUCAAGACUGGGAGAAGACCAGCCUGAAGCCGUAUAUCGAGCAGUUCAGGACCUUUGUCAGCGCAUUGUUGAAGGAUGAGAGAGGGGACGUCAAGGUGAAGAGGGAGCGGGAAGAGCCCGAGUCGAUGGAGUUCUGA